GCCUAGUUUGAUUCAAAGUCAUACCGAGGCUUCUGGAUCUGCAAAUGCUGUUAAAAAAGAAUGAAAUACAGCUAAUUUGGUUCCAGACUUCAUUUAUCUGGGGCAAAGAGGAAAUGGUGGUAAUGAACAAAGAGGAAGUGGACUCAAGGGUUUCUCUUCAACAAAGAUCUGAUGGUCCAUACAUCACAACUGCAGUGGAAAAGGAGAACUGCAAAUGAAACAAAAUUGUUGUUCCUAUUAGCAUGGUACAAAGAUCUUCUAAUGGUUUGUGCCAAUCAGCAGAAAGCUCUACGAUUCUGGCUCAUAGAAAAGUUGAUGCCAUUGGCCUUGCAAAGAAAACAGAGGACAGCAGAGAAAUCAAGAAACUGGUUCCAAACAUCUUUAUAGAGCAGAGAGAACAGGGGGAAUUGGCCAACCAAUUGAGAAGGUUGAAGCAAAAGUAUUGAGGGGAAAGAGAAUAAAAUGGUAGGGGACGCUUGUGGUAGAAAUGACCCAAGAUGCAUGAGCAGUGGUCAGGAUAAGAAGAACAAGGACAAGGACAAACUCAAGGAGAAAGGAAAAGAGAAGACAAAAUCGAGACAUGAAUAUGAGCAAUAAAAUAAAGAAUAUGAUGAGAUAAGGGAUGCAGGAAAAAAAGGAUUGGAUAGGUAUUUCAAAUCUAGAACUGCUAGCUUCUCAGAGAGACAAGAAAAGGAGUAGCAAUACUGAUGAAAAUAAGAAGAGAAAGGAACUUGAGAUGAAUGGCCUUCUGCAUGAGAAUGAUAUGCUGCCUGAUAAAUUCCAAAGGACAACUACCCACACAGAAAAUGGGAUGCUAGUGGACUCGUCCCAUGUUUCUUGUUCUUCCAUGAAGCCUGAGGCCAUAAAUAACAUUAAGGCAGAAAAACUUUCUGUAAGUAAUGAGGAACACAUUCUAAAUGGUGUAGAAAUGCCUCCACCAUCCUCAGAUGAAUCGAGGUAUCCAGCUGUUAUAGACAAUUCAAAAGGGUGAGUUUCUUUGAAGCCUCACUGUGAUUUCAAGUAUCUCAGUGAAAUAUACUCCAUGUGCAAAAUGGAUGAUUUGCCAGAGUAUGAUGACCAGGAAUGGCUAUACUGCAGCUUUCGACUUCAAUCAAAACCAAAGACAGAGCUUGAGGCUAAUGAGACACCUCAAGUGUGGGCUGAGGCAAUAAGAAUUGGGUCCGAGAGUGUUCUCGCUUUGCCCUAUGCCGUUCCAUUUUUAUAUCAAACUUCCUUUAUACCUGAUUCAUAUUGAAGAUAUGGUAGCAGGACCGAGAUACACAACCUAUUUAUUCUUGCUGCCUUUCAUCCCUUCAGAAGCUGAAAUGUAGAUGUCAGUCACUUGGCAUCCUAAAUAUAUCUCACAUCGUGGAUGCUCAAAUGACUUCUUGAAGCCACAAUAAUGAAAAUGCAGCGAUGGCAUACUUCUGGACAAGAAGAAGUGAAAUGACUGUACAAAUAGGAGCCUCAACCCUGUCUCGAGGCAGGCAUUCACUGGACAAGAUCCGAGUACGUGGCUUCCACCCGCGCACUGCUGGGUAGCGCCUAGGAGAAGCGCCGUUCCCUCGCUGUCUCUUGCCGCACGUCAAACAGCGGCUGCAGAUCCCGUCACAGUCAACGUUCUGCCCCGGUGGGAUAGGCGCCGGCGAGGAGGCAGGAGCCUGGACCCUGGUUUGUGGCGGGUACUCACUGGAGUACGUGGCCUCCGCAUGCGCACCUCGUGGGAGAAGGCUCGGUCCCCUCGCUUUCUCCUCCUGCACAGCAAACAGAGGCCGGUUGUCCCCAUCACCGUCAACGGUCGACCGCAGAGGGACCGGCCCAGGGCCAAAGGAGGAGCCUGAACCCUGUCUUACGGCGCGUACUCACUCGACAAUAUCCGAGUACGUGCCAUCCGCUCGCGGACCACUGGGCUGCGGGUGUGACUCAUCCGAACCAGAAAACAGCAUCUGAAGGUCCCCAGCAUCAUCAGCGAUAGACGGCUACGGGAUGGGGGCCAGUGCAACGGUAGAAACCUGAACCCUGUCUCGCGGCGCACACUCUCACUGGCCAGAGUUGUCCAUGGGAGAGGCUAUGUCCCCGCGCUGUCUCCUCCGGCAUGGCAAACGGGUCCCCAUCAUCGUCAACGUUCGAACGGCUCUUUCCUCUGUUUUCUUUAUUCCCGGCGCUUUCUUUCUCCAAAACUAAGAAGUAAAAGCGGCAGAGCGCACGCAUCCAAAGGAAGCCGAAGCCAGGGCGAAACAAAGCGCAGUUCUUUCGCUCUGCUACCAAGAACAGACUUGAAAACACCACCACGACAAUCUCACCCUCGCUCUCUCUCUCCAUUGAUUGCGCUGCUAAUUUCCCGUGUUGGAAGCUCGAGAAACGGAAGAGCCGAGGAAUCCAGAGAAGAGAAGCAGCUUUCUUCGCGCCUGACCAUGCUGCGGCACAGAGAAAUGGCCCUCCUCCCUCUUCUCAUUCUGCUCUGCUUCUUCUCUUCGCUGGCAGCGAAAGGUGGGAGAUUUGCGAGGCUGGGCAUCAACUAUGGCACCCUCGGAGACGACCUCCCCUCCGCCGCCCGCUCCGUGGCCCUCCUCCGGUCCCUCGGCGCCGGCGCCGUGAAGAUCUACGACGCCAACCCGGCCAUCCUCCGCGCCCUCGCCGGAACCCGCCUCCGCGUCUCCAUUAUGGUGCCCAACGAGAUAAUCCCCUCCCUGGGCACCAACGCCUCCCUCGCAGACGCCUGGGUCGCCGCCUACCUCACCCCCUUCUACCCCGCCGUCCGUGUCCGCUACCUCCUCGUCGGCAACGAGAUCCUUUCCUACACCUCCCUCGCUAGCUCCACCUGGCCUUUUCUCGUCCCUGCCAUGGUCAACAUCCACCGCUCUCUCAUCGCCCGCUCCAUCCGCGAUGUCAAGGUCAGCACGACCUUCGCCAUGGACGCCCUCGGGAUCUCCUUUCCGCCCUCCGCCGGCGCCUUCCGCUCGGACAUUGCCGAACCGGUGAUCCGACCUCUCCUCCGGUUCCUUCACAAGACCCGCUCCUACUACUUCGUCGACGCCUACCCUUACCUUGCCUGGGCCUCGAAUCCCUCCUCCAUCCGCCUCGACUACGCCCUCUUCACCGCCAAUUCGAGCUUCAACUACUUCGACCCCGGAAGCAAGCUGACCUACACCAACCUGUUGGACCAGAUGCUCGAUGCGGUGGCGGCCGCGAUGGGCCGUCUAGGGUUCGGCGACGUCCGGAUGGCCGUGGCCGAGACUGGUUGGCCGAACGCCGGUGACCUGGACCAGAUUGGAGCGAAUGUCCACAACGCGGCCACUUACAACCGGAACCUCGUGCAGCGGAUGGCGGCGCGGCCUGCGGCGGGGACGCCGGCCAGACCAGGGGCGCUGAUGCCGGUGUUCAUCUUCUCGCUUUACAACGAGAACCAGAAGCCGGGGCCGGGGACGGAGCGCCACUGGGGCUUGCUCUACCCCCACGGGAAGAUGGCCUACGAUGUGGACCUGAGCGGGCGGCGGCCGUUGGCGUCAUACCCGUCGCUGCCGCCCCCGGAGAACAACGAGCCGUACAAGGGGCAGAUAUGGUGCGUGUUCGGCGGUGGUCGGAGGGCGGCGUCGAACGCGACGGCAGUGGGGGCGGCGCUGGCGUAUGCUUGCGGGCAGGGGAACGGCACAUGCGACGAGAUCCGGCCCGGCGGGCCUUGCCACAAGCCCAACACGAUCGUGUCGCACGCCUCUUACGCCUUCAAUUCGUACUGGCAGCUGUUUCGGCGGGCCGGUGCGACGUGCUUCUUUGACGGGCUCGCCUUGCAGACCAAAACAGAUCCAAGUUAUGGAUCGUGCAAAUACCGAAGUUUGGCAAACUAAGCAGAUACUAAAAUGUAUUGAGGACACCAUAUUCAAGACUCUGUGAGUGAGAUUAGUUUGCAGUGGUGUCUCAGUUUUGAGGAUGGAUAUAUCUACAUAAAUUCGAUGAUGUUUCACUUCGCCGUCCAUAUAUUCUCUACAUGUAUCUCUUUUAAACUCCCUUUUUUUGGCAUUUUUAUCCAUUAUUGCACUUCAUGUAGUGUGUUGAUAUCAAAUGAUCGAUGUGGUAAACAUGGUAGUAUUUAUCUGGGAAUGUGAUUUCUAAUAGAAAAACUUUGUUGUUUUGGUAGCAAA